CUAAUCCUGGUGGCUGCUAUCUUCUACACGCUCCUGAUUGUGACGUUGAACUUGACGGCCCAAGGCGGUGGCUCCGCACUUGCUAUGCCUGGAGAAGAUGUUUCCGCACUCACAAACAAAGAAGUCAAAGUCAGGGAGAAGGGAGCCAAAAUUGACUUGGUUGCGGAACAAGCUAUGCUCAAUACCAUUUGGAUCUUGAAAGUAUGCACUUUGAAGUUAUACGGCCGUCUCACAAUGGGCCUGAAACAACAAAUAGCGGUCAAAAUUCUUGCUGUCUACACUGCAGUUGGCUAUGUAGCUUGUCAACUGGCAUACUUUCUCGAGUGCCGGCCAUUCUCUUCGUACUGGCAGAUCUCUCCUUCACCACCAUUGAACUGCAUGGUCCUGUACGACUAUGCAAUUGUUCAGGCCACCUUCAACAUCUCUUCGGACAUCUUCAUGCUCAUGAUUCCUUUCCCGCUUAUCAUGCAAGUCUCGAUUAGGUUCAAACAAAAGCUUGUCCUCUUGUGCGUUUUCUCGAUGGGCAUCUUUGUCAUCAUUGCAGCCACUCUCACAAAAGCCGAGUUCUUUAUAUCCGUCUAUUCGGCGGAUUACAUGUUCUGGUAUACAAGAGAAGCCUCAGUAGCCAUCUACGUCUCGAAUUUACCUUGCGUUUGGCCUCUUUUGCGCGAAGCACUACCAGCACUUAAGAGUUGGACACCGGGCUUUGUCAGCAGCUCAGCCUAUAUC